CGGCAAGGCCCUGUUCUCUCUCUCAGCUAUAGUGCUGUUCCAAUCCUCUUCGUAACCUCAACUGCGGCGUGCAAGAUCUUCCAGAUACGAUGGCGAGCACGAUUCCUCAGCCCAUGGCGCCCAGCACGGCGAACUGGCACUGGAAGAACAAGACGGUCACGUCCUGGGCGAAGCAAUGGUUCGACCGCGAGUUGACAAGCGUACGCGUGUCUGGAGAUGGAAGUGAGGAGGUUGCUGUCAGUCGUGUGGUGGAGGUGGAUGGGGACGUUGAGCUGGGACAGCGGAAAAGCAAGCUGAUCACGAUCUAUGACUGCAAGGUCGUACUGAACUGGUCGGGCACCGCGUCGGACGGGACCGCCGUCGAGGGCAAGCUGACUAUUCCUGAGGUCUCGCACGAGAAUACGCUCGACGGCACCUCCGACUACGUCUACGAAUGGAGCCUAACCACUUCGCGCUCCCCGGCGGUCGAUGCGCUCUUCCAGCUGGCGAAGUCACGUCUGCCCGCCGCGCUCGAGGCCAAGUUCUCCACGUUCCCCGCCGCGAUCAUCGACACGCAUGGCAAAGACCUGACAGUCUCCGCGGACCCCUCACGGCAGGGCACGCCUGUACCCUCUGGGGCCCCAUCUGGUUCUGUUUCCGACUCCACUGCGGCGAAGAAGGCGGACGCAGCCCCAACUGUGAAGAAGACGGAGAAGGCGAACAACACGACGACGGUGACGGUGGACGCGCACUUCAUGGCGGCGGCGGACGACCUGUUCUCGCUGCUGACGGACGAGCGGAGGAUACCGCAGUGGACGCGCGCCCCCGCGAAGGGUGCUGCGGAGCCGGGGAAGGAGUAUAGUUUGUUCGGGGGUGGGGUGACGGGCACAUUCGUCAGCGUAGAGCCGCCCAAGCAGUUUGUGCAGACGUGGAAGCUGUCGAGUCCGACGUGGCCGUCGGAUCAUACUGCUACUCUCACGACGACGUUGGAUCAGGGCAGUGACUCGACGAAGGUGACAUGGCAGCUCGAUGGUGUUCCUCUAGGUAUAGAGGAGGAGAUCACUCGCAACCUCAACGGCUACUACGUGCACGGGCUGAAGUCCAUCGGGUUGGGCACGGUGCUGUGAUGAACACGACGCUAGGCAAAAUGUGCCGAGGACGCUGAUGGCCGGUGCUGGAAGACGGACCGGAAGGGCGGGGACGCUGGUGGAAGAUGGGUUUGGGGUGUCGGGGGUCGCGCGUCGCGAGAGGCGUACGUGGGACCGGCGCGCUGUUUGGCGCGUCGGGAGUUGUUGUCGCAGACGGGUGAGCGAGAGCGUGCUACCCGCGUAGUUUUGCUCAAUCAAUGUAGAGAAGCAUAGAACACAAUGUAUUUCUGGAUACCUUCUCUGUGCCGGCUCGACACUGCGCAGAAAAA